CUUACACCGGAUGUUGAUGUUUUUCUGUGUCGGAGAACAGAACGGUGGAACCCGGCCGAACAAACAGACUAAGUUUCCAUGGUUAAAAUAUUCGACGAACGGAAAAGAGACUCAUUCUUUCUGUAAUUGGGCACGUUGAUCUCCGUUUACCGUAAAUGUGCUUCAUAUGUUUCAUGUGGUUGAGUAUUGCUAGUGCUAGCUCACCGUAGCUAUGCUAAUCACUCAGGUUGUGGUCGUGUAUUAUGACGGCUCAGCGGGGGUCCUGUUAGUGUUGAUGUGACACCACUGAUUUUCUGACCAAGUUCUAUUGUAGUGCGUGUCAACUAGCACCUGUUGGUACUGUACCAAUGUAAAUGCCCUUCAUAAUAUCACAAUCCUUACAAGAAUACGCUGUUGUGAGAGGAACAGGUUCAACCACCUGGUGACAGCCCAUUAGGGUGUUGUGGUGUUUGAUAUUUGCAAGUGUAAAGUCCAAUUUGGAACUAUUUGUUUUUAUAGGUUGAUUCACUUCCUUAUAUCACAAUAUUAGACUGGACUGCCCCUUCAUGUUCUAUAGGCAGCCAGGAUGUGCUGCAAACCCAGCCCUCCUGUAUGCACUUGACAUACUGCUUUGACAACCAAAUUUGAGACACACUUUCGAAAUUCCGAGUUGUUUGGUCACUCAGUCCUCUUUCAUUGGGAAUCAUCUGGAUAGGUAUCAUCUGGCCAGGUCAUGCAUGCCGUCGGGCCUGUCGCCCGCUCUUCAUAGGCACUGACCGUUUGAGCCAGCCUGCUUCCCGUAGGCGGAAGGUGUCUGCCUCCUUCCCCUACUAGCCUCGUGUUCCCCCCCCCCGCCCCCCCAUUCCAUCCCAGACUCUGCCGCCCAGGCCCGGUGUUCCCUAUGCUAACCCUGCUGAGCAUGUUCUACUAUAUAUGUCUGCGCCGGCGCUCCAGGAGCGGCACGCGGGGCGAGGCGCUCAACAGCCGGCGGGCGGUGGAGUCGGGCCAGCGUACCGCACUGCCCGUCAGCCUGGAGGUGGAGCAGUACGCCAAGGAGGUGCUGGACUUCAGCUCGCACUACGGCAGCGAGAACAGCAUGUCGUACACCAUGUGGAACCUGGCCGGGGUGCCCAACGUGUACCCCAGCUCGGGGGACUUCACCCAGACGGCCGUGUUCCGGGCCUAUGGCACCUGGUGGGAGCAGUGCGCCAGCGCGCCGCCGCGCUUCCGACGCACGCCCCGCGGCUUCCACAGCCAGGACUACAUCGAGCUGGCCUUCGAGGAGCCGGUGUACCCCAUGGCCGUGGAGGUGCUGGAGACCUACUACCCGGGCGCCAUCGUGCAGAUCCAGGCCUGCAACCUGAACCCUUUCUCCCAGAACACUCCUGCCGAUGUCAGGUGGGAGGUGCUGUGGUCGGCGGAGCCCACCAAGGUUCUGACCCCACAGGCGCGCCAGUUCUCGCCGGCCAUCAGGCAGAUCAGCUUCCCCACCAACCUGCUGCGGCUGGAGAUCAACAGCUCCCUGCAGCAGUACUACACGGAGCUGGACGCCGUCAUCCUGCGGGGCCUGCGGGAGCGGCCCAUCCUGCCCCUCUACAAGAUGCCCGUCAUCGGCGUGGGCGACCUCAGCGACAGCGACGAGGAGCUGGCCGACAUGGCGGCCGCCUUCAGGCAUGGCGGCGACGACGAGGUUGACGACGGGAAACCGCCCAACGCGGGCAACGGCCACUUCGACCGACUCCCGUACGAGCUGAUCCAGCUGAUACUGAGCCACCUGACCCUACGGGACCUCUGCCGUCUGGCCCAGAGCUGUAAGCUGCUGCACCAGCACUGCUGCGACCCGCUCCAGUACACCCAGCUGAGCCUGCAGCCCUACUGGGCCCGUCUGAGUGACGCCUCGCUGGGCCACCUGCAGAGCCGCUGCUCCCUCCUCCAGCGCCUCAACCUCUCCUGGACGGGGAACCGUGGGGCCCUCACCCCAUCUGGCUUCACCAGCUUCAUGAAGGCGUGUGGCCCCAGCCUCGUGUCUCUGGAGCUGUCCUGCUGCCACUUCCUGACGGAGGCCUGCCUAGAGGUCAUCUCCCAGACCUGCCCGGGGCUGCAGGAGCUCAACCUGUCCUCGUGUGACCGGCUCCACCCCCAGGCCUUCACCCACAUCUCCAAGCUGACACGCCUCCGUCGCCUGGUGCUAUACCGCACCAAGAUAGAGCAAACCGCCAUACUGAACAUCCUGACCUUCUGUACGGAGCUGAGACACCUCAACCUGGGCAGCUGUGUUAGGAUCGAGGACUACGACGUAGUGGCCAGCAUGCUGAGCAGCCGCUGCUACUCCCUGCGCUCGGUGGACCUGUGGCGCUGCCGCAACCUGACGGACCGCGGCCUGGCCGAGCUGGUCUCCGGCUGCAGGAUGCUGGAGGAGCUGGACCUGGGCUGGUGCCCCACGCUUCAGAGCAGCUCCGGAUGCUUCCAGCACCUGGCGCGCAAACUGCCCCGACUGCGCAAGCUCUUCCUCACCGCCAACCGCACCGUGUGUGACGCGGACCUGGAGGAGCUGGCCGCCAACUGCCCCUCGCUGCAGCACCUCGACAUCCUGGGCACCAGGAUGGUGAGUCCACAUGCCCUGAAGAAGCUGCUGCAGUCGUGUCCCAAGCUGCUGUUGCUGGACGUGUCCUUCUGCUCCCAGCUGGACAACCGCAUUGUCCAGGAGCUCUCGGCCCUCUUCCCUAAAGUCGCCAUCAAGAAGAGCUUCACACAAUGACCCCUGGCUUCCCCUCUCGCGCUGCACACCGGCCAUGCAGAGACGGAGAAUGGGGCCGGUGACUGCUGGUUAGCCAGAUAGCGAACAAAGGAUUUAAUCAAGACGUCACAGGUCAUGUUAGAUAUUGGAGGAGAGGUUCGCUCCUGUCAGGGGUUCCGAGGCGUUAUCCGUGAUCAGCGGGUGGAGGAGGCAGCUGAACUUAAACUGCUGUCAGACACCCCCCCCCACCCUUUCAAAGUCAUAGAACUAUUGGUUUGGACGGAUUUGCGUUUUAAAUAAGGGGAAGGCUGACAAUCUGCUUGAUUUCACUUCUUUUUUUUGCCAAACGGAACAAGGAUGGAAGUGUUGCCUUGUUAACCACUAUCCGGUUUUAAUUUUAUUGGAAGCCUCCUGUGAAAACGCAGGCCAGACUCUGUGGGCUGUUGGUAAGCAGGUUGAUCAAUGUGACCAUGAUUAUAAUGAUAAAUGUGAGACUAUUUGUGCAUCCUUUAAGUAAUUGGGGGUUGUUACUACGCAUAACCUCUUAAAUUGCUUGCGAGUUCAGUUCAGUUAUAUACUAUGCAAGGAUUUUAGAAGUCCAGCAUAUCUUUUAUUUUGAAAUGUAUAUAUGCCGAUCAGUCUCUUCUCAAGGCAUCAGUACCAUCUCUUGGAAAAUCAUUGAUCAACUAUAUUGGCCACUAGGGAUGGGCAAAACGAUUCUUUUCCGGGAAUCAGUUCUUUCAGUUCAGUUCACUUUAAAAAAAGAAUCAAAGAACCAGUUCUCUUGUAUUUGGGGAACCAGUUCUGGUCGUUCACCUUCGGGAUUCGUUCGUUGUGAACGAAUCGGUCGCGACCGACUCAUCCCUAUUGGCCACUGUCCUAUCAAACUAACUCAAGUCACUAUAUUGGAUUGAACCAACACACGGAUACCUACAUUUGUAAAAAAUGUUAUGUCAUGUAAUUAUACAGGCCCAGCCUCAUUCAACAUUUGGUUGUGCUUGGUUGAAAUGUAUUUCACCUGUCCGCCUGAAGAGCAGUGCAGGAGAAUAGGACUGGACCUAAGUCUUCAUAUUCCUGGGUUAUGUUUAAACCCUGCACGUUUGGUCCCAUGCCAUCAGCUGUGGGCCAUCCAAGCUUGCUUGUUGUUGUACUCAAGCCACAGGCUGCCCUCCUAUGCGGAAAUGGCCAACUGGUGACGGAAUGACGUGCUGCAAAAAUGUGUAUAGUUCAGUGUGAGCUUCACACUCAAGUGUAAAUAUUCAACCUUUAUAAUUGUCCUGGUACUCAGGGUAAGCGUUUCAUUUGUAUUUAUUUUUUACACAGCCUACUUUUAGUUUUCAUCCGGGAACCAGCAGAACAGAGGCUGACCUUCCGUUGAUUUAGCUCAACAAAUUCCUCCAUGUUUCAAUUCUUAGUCCUAUCAGUGGUUAGCUCUGAUGUAGCUGAAAGAUGAAGGGUGACGUCACUAUAUGUUGGUGUAAACACAUACAGUUAUUGUACCAUUGUUAAAAAAAAACACGACAAAAAAAACCAUAAAUGUUGUCCAUGGUUAAUUAUUGAUUGUGUUAUAAUAUUAAGCCGCAUUUGCAGUGCAAAAGUGCUUGAGGAAAAACUUUGCAAAUACUUGAAUUUUGCUUUCGAGCACUUGCUAGUUAGAAUGGGAAUUGUACUUGUGCCUUAUGUUUCUGGGUGAAUGUGUUGGAAUGUCUGUGUUAUUGAUUGUUGUGAGGUGAGGUGCUUUGCUUUCAUGGCGUUCAACCAAAGUAAUCUGAAAAACCUUGGCCUAAGCACCACAGCUAUAUUUAUAGGCCUUGCUCAUGGCCAUCGUAAUUAAUAUGCAACAUAUCUUUGUACCACUCUCUUUUAAUACUUUGUCCUUUAAAGUUGCGGCUGUGUUAUAGGCCUCUGCCUUCAGCAUUUUUUAUGUUAUCGAUUUAAAAAAAAAGAAAACUAUGUUUCUGGAAUUUUAGGUAAAAUGUCUUCAGUUUGGACAAUAAAACAUGAUUUCUUUCCAAUUAGGUUUUCUAAAGAAUAUUGCUGAAAGAGCUUUUUUAAUCGUUUGUUUUGGUUGACCGUCAACCACUAAUAUUGCUGUAUUUGGUAACAUAGCACCUCCUUUAAAAUAAAUCUGUUAUUGUCAGAAACAAAACCUAGCUGGUCAAUAUAAGUGUUAAAAAAUAUUUUAUUUCAUGUUGCCAUUUAUUUUGGUUUUGAUUGCCAUGAAUAUGGUUGGUUAUAAUUCAGUUGUGGUAUUAGGGUUGGGCCAUCUGCAGGAUACCUAGUUAUGCGCCUUCCUGCGAUGUCAAUGCUGUAGUGUGUUAGCUUAAAAUGAUUGAACUGAGAAGAUUGAGGCAACUGAAGUACAAAGGUUGUGCCACAAUUCUGAAGAAAUAUGGGUGCUUCAAUGUUUGCCGGAUUUUAAAUAAACGCAAGGCCGAAGACUGAUUCUG